GAAUCAUUUGCAGUUUAUUUACUGUGUAAGUAAAAACCAAAUCACAUCCAUAAUUGUACUGACCUGGGAGCACAGACGCCGCCAUCUAUGUCACAGUGCACUGAAAAAGAACCUGCAGUAAUGGAUCAAGAAUCCAGUAAGGCAGCUUGGCCUAAACCAGCUGGAGGAUAUCAGACUAUAACAGGCAGGAGGUAUGGAAGAAGACACGCAUAUGUCAGUUUUAAGCCAUGCAUGACCAGGCAUGAGAGAAGUUUAGGUCGGGCUGGUGAUGACUACGAAGUGUUGGAACUAGAUGAUGUUCCAAAGGAGAGCAUCUCAGGUUCCAGUUCAUUGGAUCAAGUCCAUUCUUCUUUAGCCAAUGAACCAACAUUUGACAAAAGUGAAACAGAGAUUCCCACUUGUGGUCCAGCGCUGACUCAAACCCCUGAGAGCGGUCCAUCCAUUGCCACAGUGUGUCAUAGUGAGGCGGCCAGGGAGGUCUUAGAAAGCAGUGCACAUCUUCAGCAUCACGCUGAGACAGAGUAUACUCCAGCAGUUUGUAAUGUCUCAAGUGUCCAAAAUGGAAUUGUGUUGGUUCAUACUGGCUCUGAUGACCCAGGCAGCAGACAUGGAGAGAAUAACGGCUCUCUUCGACUCUCUGCAGGAGCUGUGGAAGGCGGUAGGUGUCAGGAAGUGUUAGGCAGUGCAGUGUUUGAGCUGGAAAAUGGAGAGGUGGAGAUGUACGCUGACCUUUCACCAUCUGUUCCCUCGCUCAACUGUGAAAUGAGUGAGCAGUUUGAAGAACUAGAUUCAGCACCUUUAGAGAAAACUUCUGCUGUGGAUGCUGAGCUUGUCCAUCAGAGUGGACAGGGAUUUCAGAGGGCUUCUGAAGAUGGCACUGUUAGAGAGAGGCAACAAGACCAUACUGGUCAGGAGAGACAGGCAGAAAGAUCAGCUGAAGAUGCAGACUGUGUUCCAGGGCAUAUUUGUAGUGAACAAAAUACUAGCGAUAGAGCCAACCACCAUGGAAGCUCUCCUGAGCAGGUAGUAAGGCCCAAAGUUAGAAAAGUGGUAAGAUCAAGCCAGGUGGACCAGGAAAUCGGUUUUAAUAGGCAUGAGGCCAAACAAAGAAGUGUUCAGAGGUGGAGAGAGGCUUUAGAAGUUGAGGAAUGUAGUUCCGAUGACCCUAUCAUAAAGUGUGACGACUAUGAUGGAGAUCAUGAGUGCAUGUUCUUGACUCCACCUUACUCAAGAGUUGCACAGAGGGAAACCGAAAAUAACCGUGCAACAUCAGAAAAUGGAGCUGUAGCUUCAGGAAGGCAAGAUGCUCGGGAUAAUUCCUUUUGGAAUGGCUGUGGAGAUUAUUACCAACUCUACGACAAAGAUGAAGACAGUUCAGAGUGCAGUGAUGGGGAAUGGUCGGCUUCUCUGCCUCACCGCUUUUCUGGCACAGAAAAAGACCAGUCCUCAAGUGACGAGAGCUGGGAGACCCUGCCAGGGAAGGAUGAGAAUGAACCUGAGCUACAGAGCGAUAGUAGUGGCCCUGACGAGGAAAACCAGGAAUUGUCUCUUCAGGAGGGGGAGCAGACAUCCUUGGAAGAGGGAGAAAUUCCCUGGUUACAGUACAAUGAGGUCAAUGAAAGCAGCAGCGAUGAAGGAAACGAGCCUGCCAAUGAGUUUGCGCAGCCGGAAGCUUUCAUGCUGGAUGGCAACAACAACCUUGAGGACGACUCCAGUGUGAGCGAGGACUUGGACGUGGACUGGAGCCUGUUUGAUGGUUUUGCGGAUGGACUGGGAGUUGCUGAAGCUAUUUCUUAUGUGGAUCCUCAGUUCCUCACCUACAUGGCACUAGAAGAACGCUUAGCCCAGGCUAUGGAGACUGCACUGGCACACUUAGAGUCUCUUGCAGUGGAUGUUGAGGUGGCUAAUCCACCAGCUAGUAAGGAAAGCAUCGACGGGCUUCCAGAAACGCUUGUUCUAGAAGAUCAUACUGCUAUUGGUCAGGAGCAGUGCUGUCCAAUCUGCUGCAGUGAGUACAUCAAGGACGACAUAGCCACAGAGCUGCCCUGCCACCAUUUCUUCCAUAAGCCUUGUGUCUCCAUCUGGCUUCAGAAGUCGGGGACCUGCCCUGUGUGCCGCCGUCAUUUCCCACCUGCAGUCAUUGAAGCAUCUGCAGCUGCUUCCUCUGACCCUGACCCUGAUGCCCCGCCUGCAAAUGACAAUACUGCAGAAGCCCCAUAAGAGAAACAUGGAAAUGACACCUGAAGUCUAUCACAGUAAAUCUGCAAAUUUCCUCUAAAUCUGAUGUGCAAAUAAUUAUAUAUAAAUAUAUUUAAAAUGCUAUAUAUAGUAUAUGCCAUAGUUUAGAAAGAGAAUAUUAACCUUUCUAAACUGAAUUUAGGUUUGCAGAGCAUACUAAAUAUUUGCAAGCUGAAUGCUGAAGCAGUGCAUCCAUUUCCUUUAGUUGGCUACAUCUUAGACGUAACCCCGCUGAGACGUUAGGUAACGCAAUAUUCAGUGAACACUGGAUGCCUUUAAAGAAAGGCUAGCAAAGCAUGUGAAUGGUCUGGUGUGCUCAGUGCUCGGCACAGUUACAUGUGUUUGGCUUACGAAACACUGUCUAAGCCCUUAUCAGUCUGCUUCUACUUGUUAAAUACUUGAAGGUCCGGAACACUCUUGACAUCCUCGUUUAAGAAGCUGGCUCUAGUUACUUUAAGGUCGUUUGGUUUCAGAAAUAGUUUAGAAGGUCUGAGGACUUGCACAUGGCCAUGUUUGUAACUGUGUCACCCCAAAUAAAAAUUGCACAGCUUUUAGGUGAUCACAUGAGCAGGCAAGUCUCUACAGAUGAGAGUGUAAUAGGUGGCUUACAGAUGUCAACACCAGAGAGGAGUGGCUGAGACGGCACAACACGGGAGCACACAGCGAGUGCACAUCUGCCUGUCCAUUCUGAUACAGCUGCAGGAAUACCUACAGAGCUUCUGAAAUGCACAGCUUCAUUUCAGUUGUGUAAUAUCUGAGUAGUCAUUCUUUCUUCUUUCUCCAUUCUUAAAAAUAAGUGAAUUUUCACUGUUGGCACAUUUGAGGCUUCACUAUAAGGAAUAUAACACUUGCAUUCUGAUUUUUGCAUAUAUUGUAAAUGUGGCUGGUAUAACAGCAAAAUACUGUGUAUCCUUUUAUGGGUAAAACAAGUGAACAUUGCAUGCAAGUAAUGUGGUGAAUUUGUAAUUUAGGGGUUCUGGGGCUUCUGUGACUUUGGAUGCUUACAUUCAGGCCUUAAUGUUGCGCUAGCUAGCAUGCUUCCUUCUGAUGUAUAUAGUCAGCAUUGUACAAACUAAUCUUUGCUUGUUUUCUACUCUGUGGUCUUUCCAUACCAUAUUUCAUGGAUGAUGAGUCAGUGUCAAGAAGUCACACGAGAUUCACAUUAGUCCUCAUGUGUACACUGUGGAGGUUUGUGGGUUGUGUGGUUUGUUUGUGUGUUUUCUUUUAUGUACUGUUGAUUAGUUGUGGCACUUACUGAUUAAACUUACAUUGCUGCAGAUUGCUUUGUAACAAGCCACAUGUUAUGUUUAGUCAGUAGUAAGGGACCUUGAUUUUUAUUCUCCUAGAUAGCAGCUGUCCCAAAGAAAAUAUUUCUUCUUUGCCUAUUAAGAUUUAGCUAUUAUCUGCCAGUUGUUAAGAGGUUUGGUUCCAAACUCAAGCAGAGAGUUGAACGUAAGAUAGCUGUUGUCCUUUUUGCUUUCCAUCUGUUACCGUCCUUCAUUGUUGGCUCCCAGCUACGUAUACACACAGCUGCUGUGAAGAAGAAAGCUGAAUAAGACUUGCUUUAAAUUUUUUAAAAAGAAAAAUGAAGUUCUAGAACUUUGAUGGUAACAAGCCAGUAUAAUCUGAGGCUGACAAGUUCAGACCCCAAUAUAUUAUUUCAUCUUUUUGCAAAGUUAAGAGUAUAUGAAGGUAAAUUAGAAAUAGUAAAAAUAUUGAUAAAAUGUCAUUUAUCUUAUUUCUCUAUUUUUUGUUGUGACUUGGCCUAAUAAUUUUAAUUUUUUGAACAUUUUAUUUCUUGUAAUACGAAUGCUGAUAUUUAAAGUUAGACUCAUGUGGAUUUCUUUUGUUUCUUAGUUGUUUAUCUCUAAGCUAACUAACUUCUAAGAUUAUUUGUGAUAUGGAUUUAUAUAUAAGCUGUUAAAUAUAUAUGAGCUGUUAAAAUGGAAUGCAAGGUUUCAAAAGCCCAGGUCUAACUGUAAUGAUUGGUUUAUUGUUAUACAAUCCCAGCCCGCCAUUUUCCGUGUAAAUCAUAAACAAUAAACAGGAUAUACUCGGUGGUCAUUUCUAAUA